GACGACGACGAGGACGACAUGUUCGCGAUCGGCAACGACGAGAAGAAGCCGAAGAAGAAGGGCGGCAAGAAGAAGGCGGGCGUGCCGAUCGUGAACCGUGCCCUCCCGAGCGGCACGACCGAUGCUUCGCUCUUGGCCGACAACUACGACGAUGCCGAGGGCUACUACCGCGUCAUCCUCGGCGAGGCGCUCGACGACGGCCGGUACCACGUCGUCGCCAACCUCGGCAAGGGCAUGUUCUCGAGCGUCGUCAAGGCGCGCGACCUCGGCGACAAGGGCUCGGGCAAGUACGACGGCGAGCCGGGCUUGGCGGGCAAGGGCGUUGGCGAGGGCGAGAGGAGGGACGUGGCGAUCAAGAUCGUGCGCAGCCAGGAGAGCAUGUUCAAGGCCGGCAUGAAGGAGGCCCAGAUCCUGCGCCGACUGCGUGACGCCGACCCGGACGACAAGAAGCACCUCGUGCGCCUGCACCGCACGUUCGAGCACCGGGGCCACCUGUGCCUCGUCUUCGAGUCGCUCAGCAUGAACCUGCGCCAGGUCGUCAAGCGGUACGGCAAGGACGUCGGGCUCAACCUGCGCGCCGUGCGCGCCUACGCGAGCCAGAUGUUCCUCGCCCUGUCGCUCAUGCGCAAGUGCGACAUCAUGCACGCCGACCUCAAGCCCGACAACAUUCUCGUCAACGAGAGCAAGGCGACGCUCAAGGUGUGCGACCUCGGCUCGGCGUCGGACGUGAGCGAGAACGAGAUCACGCCGUACCUCGUCUCGCGCUUCUACCGCGCUCCCGAAAUCAUUCUCGGCCUGCCGUACGACUGCUCGCUCGACGUGUGGUCGAUCGCCUGCACCCUCUACGAGCUCUACACCGGCAAGAUCCUGUUCCCCGGUCGCACCAACAACCACAUGCUCCUCCUCAUCAUGGAGACCAAGGGCAAGUUCAACCACAAGCUCAUCCGCAAGGCGCGCUUCCACGACCAGCACUUUGACGAGGGCCUCAACUUUUUCUACGUCGAAAAGUCGGACAACGUGACACCGCGCCAAAUCGCCGGGAAGCCGCCCUCGGACCUGCGCUCGCGCCUCAUGCCGCCCGGCGUCGCCCGCAAGCUCAAGGAGGACGACGCGCGCCUGUUGACGAGCUUUGUCGACCUGCUCGACAAGAUGUUGAGCCUCGAGCCGGCGAGGAGGCCAACGCCCAAGGAGCUCCUCUUGCACCCUUUCGUUCGCGGUUAGUGUCGGGGCGGCGGGGCCAGCAAGUCAGUGCUGGCGCGGCGUUGAGAAGGUCGGGUCGAGAGGGUCUGAGCGAGCGAGGCGGGUCGAGAAGGACGAGUACUCGGCGAGCAUGGGCAUUCAUACGUGUGAGCAUUGGACGCAUUCUCUCGCCUUU